AUGAAGAUUAUUGUAGUUUCUUUAUUAGUUGUUUUUGCUAUUAUCAUUGUUUCAUCAUCCAAAGACAAUAUUGCCUACUUUGAAAUAAAAGAUGACUCUAAUUUAAUGUUUCGAUUUUUUAUUAAAUUGGAAGAUCAAGAGCUUAUUAAUCAUGCUAGAAGGAUUCUUAGUGGAAAAGAAACAAAUAGAACUCAUAUAAUGGGAAAAAUCUAUAAAGAAAAAGUAAAAUAUAAUCCAAACUAUCCAUUCCAUAUAGUUCCAGAUUCUAUAUCUUUUUUUCAAUUUGCAGAUGAUCAUUGUGAUGUAACAACAACAUUUAUCACUCACAACUAUGAUGAUGAAUGUGGAGGAUCUUUACCAGGCUGUAUUUGGUGUCCAUGGCAAAGUCAAUUGGUCCAAGAAGUAAAAAUUAAAUAG